AUGCUUAAAAUAUUUUAGAAUGCAUUUUCAAUAAAAAAGAAAUCUCAUACAUAAUCAUUUUAGAUUGAACAAAAAGAACCUUCUCCUGUUCACCAAACAUCAACUUUAGACUUUUAAGUAAUAGAUGAAAAUACCAUGAAUGUAAUUGAAGAAACAUAUAAUAAAAAAUAAAGAAGUCAAUCUUUUUAAGUAAGAGAAGAAUCUCCUCCAUAAUAAGAAGAAUUUAUGGAUUAUGUUGUUCAAGAAGAUGAUUCAUUUUUUGGAAUUUCUCUCAAAUUUAAUAUCAAUGAAGGUUAUUUAUUGAAGAUCAAUAAUCUAUCUAGUGAUAUGAUUUUUAAAGGUCAAAUGUUAAAGGUUCCAAUAACAAAUCAACCUCGUUUUUCUAUUAUUAAGAUUCCUGAUUAAAGUAAAAAGAAUGAAAAUAUAUGGGAAUAAAAUAAAUUUAGUUAGAAGUGUAAUUAUAUAAUUAUAUCUCAUAUUUAGUUGAAGUUAUUUAUUGCAAUAAUAAAUAUAAUUCUAAUGGAAUAUUGACUCUAACUGGUGACAUAGUAUUAUUUGAUCCAAUUUAAUAAGAGCAAAUACAAGAUAAAUAAAAUAAAGUUAGAAUGAAUGCUUGCAUUUCAAUGAUUGAUAUCAAUGAAGCAGUAACAUAUGUUUUAAAAAAUUAAAAUGGAUGUUUAGAUUACAUUAUUUAAAUUUUAUUGUCAGGAAUUGGCAAACCUAAAUUUGAAAAAAAGUAUUUUAAAUAAUUAAGAAAAUAUAAGAAAUAGAAAAGGAGUAUAGCUACUGUAUUCUUUAGAGUAAUAUAAUUUAUAUUAAUAUCAAGCAUGCUGAGAGAGAUUUGGAUGGAAAAUUGUACUCUGAAGAAAUUAAAAAGGCUAAUUGUGCAUUUAUUGUAAAAUUCAUAAAUGAAGCAUGUACUGGAUAUUCUGAGCAAUCUAAAUUAACAAAACUACCAUAUAUUGAUUUAAUAGAGACUAAAGAGAAAAAAUAGUUAGAAAUUGAUGAAAUCUAAGAUGUAAUUGGAGAAAGAAUGGGAAGUAUAUAAUAUAUUAAGUUAUUAUAGAACUUUGGGCUUCUUUAGAAUAUGUCCCAAUUUUAAAAGAGUCAUCUAAUUGUUUUACUGAUACUACUUACAAAUAAAUAAUUGAAUAUAUUCCAGCAGUAUAUCGUUUAGCUGAUUGGAUUAAAUUUUAUAAUAUUGACUAAGAUGGAUCAUCUUUUUAAAAUAUGCUCUAUAAAAUUAAAAAUAAAUAUCCUAUCAUUAUUAUUAUCAAAGAUUUUGAUAAUUAUGUUUUUGGUGCUUAUAUAUCAACAGAAAUUCAAUAAUAUAGUCAAGGAUUCAAAGGGAAUGGAGAAACCUUUUUAUUUAAUUAUGUUUAAGAUGUAUGAAAUAUUUAUUAUAUUAUUAGAAAAAUGAAAUUAAAAGUUAUUUUUGGACAGAAAAAAAUAGAAAUUUUAUUUAUUGUGAUGAAACAGGUAUUGGUAUAGGUUGUGGAGACAAAUUUGGAUUAUUUAUUGAUCAUAGCUUAACAUUUGGAUAUUCAAAUCCAUGUGAAACUUUUGAUAAUAUAAGGUUUAGUAAUACUGAAAAGUUUAGAAUUAGGCAUCUUGAAGUUUGGGCCAUUUUAUAAUAAUGA